CCUUCGCUAUGCCUCCAUUCACAUCGUCUUUCGCUUGGGCAAUACGUCUGGAAUGUCAAGAACUACAUCCUCCGCGUCGUCGGUAGCUUCGAAAUCGAAUGAGGAGGAAGCGCAGCCGGCAUCAAAUGGUGUAGUUCGCGACGAGGAAGCCGCGAUCCCGCAAGGAGAAAAACAGCUGCAGGCUGGCGAGGAGAACCGCUAUCUGGUCAAGUUCAAGGAAAACGACCCCACGAAUCCAAGGGAUUGGAAGUUUGCGUACAAAGUAUGGAUUACUAUCCAACUGGGCUUUCUGGCACUGGCGGCGAGUACGGCUUCCAGCAUUAUAGGUCCCGCAGGGAAUACGAUUGCGGAGUAUGCGAGUGUGAGUCGUGAAGUCUCUGUGCUAUCAGUCUCCCUCUACAUUCUCGGCUUUGGCUUCGGCCCUCUAUGCUGGGCCCCCAUAUCCGAAAUCUGGGGCCGCCGGUGGAGCAUCCUCCCCGCCUUCUUCAUCCUAGGCCUCUUCUCCAUCGGCACCGCCGUCAGCAAGAACGCUGCCUCCAUCUUCCUCACCCGCUUCUUCGCCGGCCUCUUCGGCUCUGCUCCCGUGAGCAAUGUAUCCGCCGCACUCGGCGACAUCUGGGACCCCAAAGUACGCGGCAGCGCCAUCAACUUCUACGGCAUUAUGGUCGUCGGCGGCCCAACCAUCGGACCCGUCAUCGGUUCCGCACUCCUCGUGAACCCAUCCCUAGGCUGGCGCUGGACCGAGUACAUCACAGCCAUCUGGGUCUUCGCCACCUUCGCCCUCACCGUCUUCUGCCUACCGGAGGUCUACAGUCCCGUCAUUCUGAAAUGGAAAGCCCAAGCCAUGCGCAAAGAAACCGGAAACGACGCCUACUUCCACCCCCACGAGCAGAUGAAGCUCGAUGCCAACAGCAUCCUAACGAAACACCUCUCUCGCCCUCUCCGAAUGUUAUUUACCGAGCCCAUGGUCACCUGCAUCGCCUUCUACGCCUCCUUCGUCUACGGCAUCCUCUACCUCACCAUCGAAGUCUUCCCCAUCGUCUUCGAAGAAAACCGCGGCUUCGCGCCCGUCGUUGGCAGCCUCCCCUUCCUCGGCCUGCUCGUCGGCAUCAUACUCUUCGGCACCACCAUCAACCUUGCCAAUGAGCCCCGCUACCGCCGCAUCUCCCUCGCCGCGAAGGGCCGACCCGUCCCCGAAGCUCGCUUACCGCCCAUGAUCGCAGGCAGUCUCAUUUUCCCCACCGGGCUUUUCUGGUUCGGCUGGACCGCGGGCCCGGAGUACCACUGGGCGAUCCCGACGGUUGCGGCCAUGUUCAUUGGCGGGGGCUUCAAUCUUAUCUUCCAGCAGUGUAUAAAUUUCCUGAUCGAUACGUAUGGCUUGUAUGCUGCGAGCGCGGUGUCGGCGAAUACGUUCCUGAGGAGUCUCAUGGCCGCGGGCUUGCCGCUGGCUGCGCAGCCGAUGUUCCACAAUCUGGGCGUUGGGCCAGCGUCGUCGAUUCUGGGGGCGGUGGCGGUGGCGGCGAUACCGGCGCCGUUGAUCUUUUGGAGGUAUGGGUUGGCGCUGAGGAAGAGGUCGAAGUUUGCGCCCGUCUUAGAGGACUAGGGGGGUUUCCUUUGUGGCAUAGCGUUUGAUAUGCAUAGCGCAGCUAGCGGACAAAAGUUUUAAUCUAGAAGUAUCCUUUUUUUUUAAAAAAAUAAUUAGCUUUGCAAUACACAAUCAUGUAUUCUCG